GGGCGGAGUUGCCGCUCCCCGCUCGGGCCGGCGGCCGCAGGGGGGAGACCGCUGUCAGCAGCGAGCGCUUUGGGUGCCGGCGGGUCCCCUCCGGUGGUGGCGCCGCCUCGCGCUUCGCUGCCUGGCCCUCGGGCGGCCGUCCCGGCGGCGGGAUGUGCUCGGCCCGGCAGCUCCUCGGAGGCGGCGGUGGCAGCGACUGCAGCGGUGACGGCGGGGCGCGCGGCGAGGACGGGGACGCGCUGGCCGAGCAGGCGGCGGCGGGGACCGAAGGGGAGCCCGGGGCGAGCCCGCGGCGGAGCGGGCGGCGGCCGCAGGAGGAGCGCGGGCAGGAUUGCGAAGAAUCACAGAACCAUGCUGGCGAUCCUGUUGGAGAUGACUACAAAAAGAUGGGAACACUUUUUGGUGAGCUGAACAAAAACCUCAUCAACAUGGGCUUUACGAGGAUGUACCUUGGAGAACGGAUUGUGGAACCAGUGAUCGUCAUUUUCUUUUGGGUUAUGCUGUGGUUCCUUGGCCUACAAGCCUUUGGACUAGUUGCUGUUCUUUGCCUUGUCAUUAUUUAUGUACAACAUUAAAAUAUGGCCGAAUGAGCUGUUGGUUGACAUUUGGUAGCCAUAUAAAAAAUAAUUAGUGAAGUUAUAUAUUUCACUACAUGAAAGCCAAAAAGUUUGCCUUGUUUCAAAUUGUGUGCUGUUUUAUAAUAUAAUUGUAAGUGGAUAUUGUUUAAAAUAAAACUCAACUCUUGAUUAUAACAGGGUUCAAUAUACAUCUUGCAGCUUAUUCAAAACUCUUGUUUUAAUACUAUAAUCUGUGCCCAUUUUUAAAUAUCACUAUUUCCAUGCCAAAUCUUAAAUACCACCACCAAGUGAGCAGGGAAAAUAACAGGAUAUGGAGUUCAAAUUGGGCAAUAUAGGUCUUAUAAAGAGCUCCAGUAAAAUAUUUUAGAAGAAAAAUGAUGAAACAAUAAGCUAAAAAUAAGUUGUACUUGGGGAAUUUCUCCCUACCCACUCCCACCAAAUAACCCCAUAUUAUUUGGGAAAUAAUUUGGACUUCUAUUGUCCCUGCUCAGCCCAAACCAUUGUAUAUGAUAAUUACUAUACACUACCUUAACGUUUUUAUGAAAAUCAGUAAAGUUAGCACAUCUUCUACAGAUUGACAAUAAUAUAUUUAUUAUUGCUUGGGAAACUUCCCAAGUUAAAUAUAACUUUUUUACAAUGAAACAUGUGGGCCUGAAAUCACUUCAGUAUAUCAUUUGAAGUUUUAGAUAAUUUUGGUGCUAAUUACUUUUUGUGAGUUUUUAAAGUCUCCUAAGCCAGAUCCAUAGUUAGUUGUACCCCAUAGUAAUGCUAUAUUUUCUUGUACCUAACAAGUUGCAUAUUUUUUCCUAGAGAGACAUUUGCAGUGUUUUUGUUUUUUCAAAAUUUAUAUUUUAUAGUUCUUUUAUAAAAAUUAUUCUAAGACUUUAAAAAUCAGUUUAUCUUGGCAUGAAUUACUUUUUCCCCCCAAAAAUUGAUUUGUAUUAUAGCUGAAAUACUUAACUAUUGUUUUGAGGCGGGGGGGGGGGGGGGUCAGUUCAUUUCUUUGAUAUAUGUAUUGGAAAUUACAGUAUUACAGAAUAAAAACCAAAUGCUUAAAUGGAAUUUAACAGCCAAUUGUAAUAAUAUUCCUCUAAGGCUAAAGUGGAAUUAUUAAUGUGUCUUCAUUCAGCACUUUGGAAAUUUAUAUUGAAACUAGAGGCCCAGUGCAUGAAAUUCAUGCACAGGAGGGGGAGUCCCUCAGCCUGGCCUGCACCCUCUCCAAUCUGGGACCCCUCGGGGGAUGUCCGACUGCCGGUUUAGGCCCAAUCCCACAGGGACAGUCGGACAUCCCUCUCACAAUCCAGGGCCACUGGCUCCUAACCGCUUGCCUGCCUGCCGGUCUCAUCACCCCCAACUGCUCCCCUGUUGGCCUGAUUGCCCCCUAGCUGCCCUCCCCUGCCAUCUUGAUCACCCCUAACUGCCUCUGCCUGCUGGCCUGAUCGCCCCCUAACUGCUCCCCUGCCAGCCUGAUUGUCCCCAACUGCCCUCCCCUGCCAACUUGAUCACUCCCAACUACCCUCCCCUGCCAGCUUGAUCACCCCCAACUGCCCUCCCCUGCUGGCCUGAUCGCCCCUAACUGCCUCUGCCUUGGCCCCUGCCACCAUGGCUUUGUCUGGAAGGACUUCCGGAAGAUAUCUGGUCUAAUUAGCACAUUACCCUUUUAUUAGUAUGGAUAAGCAUUUCUUUAAAUACACUUUGAAAAUGGAAAAUGGCUUAGUGACAUUUUAGAUUUUUGUCAGAGAACCUAAAAUUUUUACACUUUUGUCUCAAAGAGUUUCUAUAUAUACAAAGGAGAGGUAGUUAAGAUAAUUAUCUAAAAAUUCAAGUUAAAUAAGAGGAAAAUGGAACAUUGGGGCAUUUUUACCUUUGGCAGCGCAAUCACUAAAUGAUGUAAAGUGUAUACUAGUGCACUUUGUGAAUUUUUUACCCAAUCCUGUUUUUUAAAUUUAUUCUAUAAGUUCUCCAUGUUUUCUAUUCUGAAGCAGAAAAUUAAUGAAAAAUAUUCAAGUUAGAUUUUUUAAAUCAGGUAAUCCUGAACAAAAAUACCAGACAUUGGGUACUAAAACAUAUUGUACAUUUGUAUAAAUAUAGGCCUUUUAAAGUUUGACUUUGAAAAAAGAUUUUGUAUUAUACCAUUGUGUUUUCAUUGGGCUUGCAGUAUGUUUAUGGUCACCUUUAUAAAUUCGGCCAAGUGUAAGUUAUUUGAAAAGCUGUCUUCAUUUGUGCACAGUGGAAUUGUGAAGUUUUUAAUAGAAGCCAUGAGAUUUUUUAUACCUGCAUUAAAUAUUAAAAUGUGCAUUCUUUUCUAUGCUACCAGGAAUUUUAAUUUCCCUUUGGAAUGUGAAAAAUACAUAGUAUGCAUAAUAACAACUCUGGUUCCACCAGUGCCUGAUGUUGAAAGUAUUUUAAAAGUAAGUUUUAAUAGUAAUUAUUUAGUAUACUAACAAUACUAUGUUUCUGCACAAUGUGUUAAUAGUGUAUAUAUUAAAUUAUAUAAAGAAAUUA